AGGGUUUUAUGUUUUUUGUUUUUGGCGGUCUCAGUGAAGAAGAUGGUGCUGUCGAACAAGAAGCUGAAGCAGAGGAUUCGACAAGAUUUGGCUGAAUCACUAUCUGUCUCUGUAUCCGAAACAAAUCCACAAUCUCAGUCUCUGAAAUUGCUCCUUGAUUCAUCUAGCCACAAACCCAGAUUGUCGAAGAGAGAGAAACGAAGAAAUUGCGAAACUUUCGCUAGAGAAGACGACGAAAUCAGAGAGAAUGAAGUUGGGAAUGGUGGGUCAAGCGAGAAGACUGAUACGAAGAUUAAAAAGAAGAGAAAGAGAGACGAUGCUGUGGAAGUCGACGAGUUAGAAGGAGAUGAAGGAACUAAGGAAGAGCAAAAACCCCAGAAGAAGAAAAAUAAGAAGAAGAAGAAGAAGAGAAAGGUAAACAAAACGCCAAAGAAGGCUGAGGAAGGCAAUGUAGAAGAGAAGGUGAAGGUAGAAGAGAUUGAAGUUAAUACAGACAAUAAAGAAGAAGAUGGGGUUGUUCCUAACAAGUUAUAUGUUGGGGGUAUUCCUUAUCAGAGUACAGAAGAUGAGAUUCGUAGCUACUUUAGAAGCUGUGGAGUCAUCAUUAAAGUUGAUUGCAAGAUGCGUCCUGAAGAUGGGGCUUUCAGUGGUAUUGCCUUCAUCACUUUUGACACUGAAGAUGGCGCAAAACGUGCUUUGGCUUUUGAUAGAGCUGCUAUGGGUGAUCGAUAUUUGACAAUCCAGCAAUACGUGAAAACCACCACCCCUUCCAUUCCAAGAAGGAAAACAUCUUCUGGUUUCGCUCCAGAAAUGGUGGAUGGCUAUAACAGGGUAUACAUUGGGAAUUUAGCCUGGGACACAACAGAGCGUGACAUACGGAAGCUCUUCUCUGACUGCGUAAUAAACUCUGUGCGGUUGGGUAAAAACAAAGAAACAGGAGAGUUUAAAGGGUAUGCGCAUGUGGAUUUCAAGGAUAGUGUGUCUGUGGCGAUUGCGCUGAAGCUGGAUCAGCAGGUUAUUUGCGGAAGACCUGUCAAGAUAUGUUGUGCACUUAAAGACAGACCAGCUACUGAUCAUACACCUGGUGAAACGAACAAUGCUGGUUCGUACAACAUGGAAGAUACUUAUGCUGCUGCUGAUCCAGUACCGGCUUUAGCUGGGCGUAGCGAAGUUGAUGACGGAAACUACUUUGCAACUACGGUUAGCAGCAGUAAGGUCAAAAGGAGGGUCUGUUAUGAGUGUGGAGAAAAGGGUCAUCUUUCUACAGCCUGUCCCAUAAAGCUUCAAAAGGCUGAUGAUCAGGCAAACUCAAAGCUGGGUCAAGAGACUGUUGAUGGUAGACCGGCUAUGCAAAGCUAUGGUCUUCCAAAGAAUAGUGGUGAUUCUUACUACAUGAAUGAGACAUACGCUUCUACAAAUGAAACUUAUAAUGGAGGAUACUCAGCAUCUGCUGUUGGCACUGGUAAGGUCAAAAGGAGGAACUGUUAUGAGUGUGGAGAAAAGGGUCAUCUUUCUACAGCCUGUCCCAUAAAGCUUCAAAACACUUCUCACACAAACUCAACGCUGGAUCACCAAACUGUUGAGGCAGGACCGACUCAGGUAACAAGCUAUAGUCUUCAAAAGAAAACAAGAGACACUGAAAACAAUGGUGGUUCGUUCAUGGAUGAGAGCUAUGCUACUGUUCCGAUAUCCAUUGAUGUGACAAAUGGAGCUAAUGAUGCAAGCUUAACAUCUGCGGUUAGCACUGGUAAGAUCAAAAAGAGAAACUGUUACGAGUGCGGAGAAAAAGGUCAUCUUUCUUCAGCUUGCCCUAACAAGCUGCAAAAACAAGGCUGAUGAUCCCACAAGCUCUACAAAGACAGCUUAUACAUUUUGUUCUUAAACUUUACAUUUGAAUCAUUGGAGGAAUAUGGAAGGACGUGGACCACUUGGUAGAAGAGUGGAGUUUUGGUCCUCUUUUAGAAAACCAUAAAUUUUAUUCUGUAUUGUUUUAUGAUCUUUCAUAGAAUGCUCUAAAGUCUAAAAACCAAAAGUAUCUUAAUAUAUUGGAUUAUUAUUUCUUG